AGCAAAGAAACAAAUACCCGAUAUCUACAACGUGAUACAACUGAGUCAUCUUUCGUCAUUCGACGAGCGAGUUGUAGUGGAAUUCUCAUGGCCACCAGUUCGCGUGCACCGGUGUUCGAGCGCGGUCAAACAUAUCGUCGCUCGCUACUCGCUCUAUAUUAUCGUCGCUAUUUUCGGUCGAGAGCCGCGCGAUUGAUAAGCACCAAACUACCCUUGUGCUUCGAUCGCAUCGCACGGGUCUACAGUUCUCGCCGCGACUCGGAAACGCUAGUUCCAGUUUCAAGUUGAUCAUUUUGAAUAUUAUUCGUAUUUGCGCCGGCGACUCGUGAAUAUCAAUUUGAUAUUAACUUGCAAAUAGACGUGACGGAUGAGUGAGUUUUCGUUUCCGAAGGUGUUGUGGGAGCGCGAGUCGGCAGGCGUCAGCGCAAUGGACAGCUGCUACAAGCUGUACACUUGGGUCAACCACACGGUGCUGAUGCUGCUCUUCCAGAUAUUCUGGAAAGUGAGCCAGAUCUCCGACUACUUGACUGGAAAAUCCCCAGAGCCGAAGUCAGAGAACAUGGUCAUUACAUUCUCACCGCUCACAAAGGAGUCCAAAUACAGAAGACACAUUAGAUCAAUGUCAGACGUCCAGAGCAGCACACCGUACAGAAUCCCAUUCAGGUCCAGGAAAGGAAGCACACAAACACUAAUGUAUGACUCUGACACAAGAGCCAGGAGGAUCAGGAACCAUAGAUACAGACAACUGGAAUCUUCCGACUCAAGCGACUACUUCGAGUCGCCAAAGAAAAUCCGAAGUCUAGGACAAAACAUCUUAAAACAUACAGACUCUAUGAGAAUCCUGUAAUGCAGUCAGAGAUCUGAUUUUAAUUAUUCAAUGAGGCUGUACAAUCUAGUUGUCGACUAGAUCGGAAUCACGUCGGGUUUCAAAGGAAAAAUCAGAUUUCAAUGGGACGUUCUCGUAUUCAGAAGGAACUGGAGAAUAUUGUGAUUGAUAGUUUUAAUGCAAAUAUGUUAUUUAAUAUUUCAGUGUUAUAUUAAAUAUGUCAGAAAAACACGUAGAUCAUUCACGUUCGAAGGUUGUUAUGCGCAUAAUUUGAUAAUUUGAUUGAAUAAUUAGACGGUCCCAAAGAUGUUUGUCCCUACGUGAUUCAGCUGAGUAACAGACUUUUGUGAUUUCCUUUAUGAGACUGUGAUGAAGUAGGUUAACGGUAUUGAUAACUAUUUAGUUGUAAUUAUUAAUUUUAAGUUGAUCUUCUCAUUAUCGAUUUAUGCCAGUGUCUACGUGAGAAUGAAAAUUAAAAAAAAACAAUCA